CUUGUAUGGAUAUUUGAUAUGCAUAAAUACUACGUUUUUUUUAACCUUUUUAUUUUAGAUUUAUGUAUCAAUAGCAUCCUGGCAGUUAGUUUGAACUUGAUAGACAGAAAUAAAAAAUCAAUCUUUGUAUACCAUGGAAUUGGCAUCCAUACGGAACCAACUCGUGUUACUUUUUAAUAAUCUCAAAAACAUUCAACCAAGUGAAAGGGAUAGUUUAAUUACAUACAUGAAAACAACUUUAUCACAGAUUCAAGAAAGUGGUGGAGAAGACAAAUGUCACAAUAAUAGUAACGACAACUAUGAUUACAGUAGUAGUAGUAGUAGUAAUAGUAGCAGCAGUAAAAGUGAUGUUAUCAAUACUAGUAGUAUAACUAAUAGUUCGUCAACAAAUCAAAUGGUGAAGAAAUCUCCAAAUCUAUCCAACUUAACAAGUCCAAAUCUGAAUUAUUUACAAUUAACUGAAACAACAUCAGAAACUGUAGCAGUUGAUGAAGUGACUGAUUUCACUACACUAGCAACAACAGUGAAUCAUGAUACCAGUAUAGAUGGUCAUGACUUUUCAGAAGUAAUUGAUGUUGACGAAUUUCUGUCUAUAACGGAUCCACCAGCAUUCAAUUGUUGUGAUUCAAGUAAUGAAUUAAAUCUCGGUGAAACGUUUCAAGAAAAUUCUAUCUUAGUGGAUAACAAUUCUUCUAACAAUUUUAAGCAACUAACAACUGUUUCACAAUAUCAAUUAUGCAAUGAUGAAACAUUUUUAAACUGUCCAUUAUGUCGAGUAAACUUUGAAAAUUGGCCAAUCUUAGAAAAGCAUUUAUACAAUGAUCAUAUAAGUAAUAGUGUAGCACCUGUCUGUUGGCGAUGUCAAGGAAUUUUUAAAAAUCAUGCUGUUCUCUUAGCACAUGAAUGUUUUGAUUGGGGUCGAUUACAUUUACCAUGUCGAGUAAUUACAGAAAAACAAUAUCCUAUUGAUGGUGUUUUCUUGAGUAGACGAUGUGGUCUAUGUUACAAGUCAAGUGUUAUAUUUACAUCAUAUGAAGAAUUUGAAAAACACAAGUCAUCAUCACAUUCCGUCCAUGGAAUAGACAGUGGUUUUGAACCACCACAACCAUCAAAACAUCUUCGACCGUCAGUUUGCUCAAUAACUCGUAAAAAGAAACGUUCUUUGAAGAGGAAUAUACCAUCAAGUAUUCAUCCGUGUUCAGAUGCAGCUGUUCGUAGUGUAGUACGUAAUCUUACUGAAAGAUUUUACAUGUUAAAAAAUCAACGAGUUGGAGAGAAACGACGUCAGCGUCGUCGAAAAUCAACUGUAGAAAAUACUUCAGAUGACUUUAUCGAAAAUUACACUUCCGACGGAGAUAUGAUAAGUGAUAUCCAUCAAUCGGAAGCAAUGUUAGAAGUGCCAAUAACAACAAGGUGUACUGAUAACAUCACCACAACGAACCCUACCACCGCUUCUGGUAUUACUGACGCCAGCGUAUCACCAACAACCAUGACUUCCUCAAUAAGUAGUCAUGAACAAAGUAGCAAAUCGACAGACUAUUGUCCAUCCACGUUUUUAACUAGUUUACUAGCAGCUCAACGUGCCAAACGCAAUUUAACGUUAAAAAAUAAACGUUCUCGUCAACAUAGAGACGUUUCAUUCGAUUCCGAUGUAACAGAUCAACUUAUCGCUGUUGAGGAAGUGGAUUUGAAUGCGUCGAAAACAAAAACAACAUCGUUUCCCUGCGAUAUACCUCCUUCUCCGUCAAUUGGAAGUUAUAUUUCGGAACGUGAGAAUGGAAGUGUGCAUAGUCGGACGAAUUCAUGGUUGCUUCGUCAACGUAAGAGGAUUCUACCGAGUACUAGAAGCAGUAGUAGACACUUAAAACUGCAGUUUAGACGUAAAUCUGCUGUCGGAUUUCGGAAAAUGAAGAAUACAAUGUCAUCAACUUGUGAUUACAGAGUUAAUCCAAUUAAAAUACGAAGAUUUAUUUGUCAUUGUUGUUCAGCUGUAUUUCGAUUGUCGUCUAGAUUACGAGCUCAUUAUUUAUUUCAACAUGGUCAUAUCCCAGAAAGUCUUGGAGGUUUAUCUCCGAGACCAAAUGAAGCUGUUCCAAAUUGUGAAUGGAAUCAAUCAGUCAAUAACGAUGACAAUGAUCUUAAUACUGAUAAUAACUUUGAUAUUAAUAAUGUUAGUGAUAUUGACAAUCAAAGUGAAUCCAUUUGUACAACAGUGUAUAAUGAACUAUGUACACAAUAUACUGGGAAAAUAAACUCCACCUUGGAGACUGUUGGUACCCAACUUGUAUCAUCAGAUGCACAUAAUAAAUUAGAAAGCAUCUCAUUAGGCAUGAAUACAAGAAUGAGGAAACGUAAAGCUGUUAGUAGCAAUAAUGCUACCUCUGUUACAUCGACUACUACUGCAUCAACAGCCUCACUAACUCGAAAUUCUCGACGUGCAAAGAAGCAGGCUAGUGAAAUGAUUAGUGCUAUGACCAAUCACAUUAGUAGUAUAAGAGAUCAUAAUAGUAGAAGCAAAAGUAGCAGUAAAAGAAGAACUACAGAUUCGUUAUCCGAACAUUUAACUACUGAAGAAAUUGAUCAACUUCUACCUGAUUCAAAUUUAUUACUAAAACGAUACUAUUGUAGAGAGUGUAAUGCAACAUUUAAAAGUGCUUACAAUGUAAAACGUCAUGAAAGUAUUGUACAUCGUCGAGAAUAUCGUUAUUUUUGUGGUUAUUGUGAAUUUCGUACCGGUGAACGCUUAGCUUAUGAAGAGCAUUUAGCUAGACAUUUCAGUGUGAAACAAUUUGUAUGUGAAACGUGUAAUGCUCGUUUCACUAUUAAACAUGAACUGGAUGAUCAUAUUGCAUUCAAACAUUCAAAUGAACGAAACUUCGCCUGUUCUGAAUGUGAUCAAAGAUUCAAAACCUCUGGUACACUUUGGAGACAUAAGAAAAUACACGAGAAACGUGUUUAUCAUAUAUGUUCAAUAUGUUCAACAUCAUUUACUCGUCUUUCAAAUUUAAAUCGUCAUCUUCUUCGAACACAUAAACGCCAAAAAGGUGUACAACAGAGUCAGUCAACUGGAAAUGAAUCAUUGGUAGGGAAUUCGAAUCGGCCAACAAAUCGUCGUACUACUACUAAGCUAACAGUAAACAAUGAUGGUAGUGAAUCUUCAAGAAAUUGUCAGCCGAGUAAAAAGAAUUUUAUGCCUAGUAGUAAUGACAACACUUGUGGUGUUGAUGAAGAUAGCAAUUUGAAGACGCCACUCAAUUCAUUUGAUGUACAGUGUCAACAAACUAUUGGUGAUGUUAUUCCUCUUGAAAUUAUUACACCACAAAUUUCUGGAGGAAACUGUUCUUCAAAUCGGCAAACAGUUAUAAAUAUCCUUUCAGAUCAUCAUCCAGGAUUUUCACAAUUAAUCAGUAUUGCUGAUGGUAAUUUGGAUGAAGGUGUAUCAGUAAAUCAGUCAAUGUCAUCUUCAUGUUCGGCACCAUCAUCAUCAUCAUCAUCAUUAGACGUUAUGACAUCAUCUUCUACUUCACUGUCGACACGGCGAAUGGGGAUGUAA